AUGGCCCCUUCCCCCUUCAAGAAAAGGAGAGAUAAGGUGGAGGAGGCAACAGCGGAGGCUGAAGCACUGCCCUCACCGAGGAACCUUCCGGUCGUAGUCGGGCCGAAUCAACCUUUGGAAGUAGCGUUGCGAUCGAGAUCUUUAGCCGAAAGAGACCCGACAGAAGACGAGUACGGUCUUAAGAUAUUGCACGACCCUCAGGGCGCGGCAAUAGACAUCAUCUUCAUUCACGGCUUGACGGGUAACCGCGAGAGCACGUGGACGAGGAAGAGCGGAAAACACAGGUGCUUCUGGCCAGAAGAUCUUCUCCCGACCGACAUUGAGAACGCCCGCAUCGCAACCUGGGGCUACGAUGCGGACGUCAUCCGCAAGACCCCAUUCCGCGUGGUAUCAACCAACACUUUGCAACAGCAUGCCGACAGUCUUUGUACAGACCUUGCUAACUUACGAGCGCAUGGCACACGGACGCGCCCGAUCAUAUUCGUCGUACACAGCCUAGGAGGGCUUGUCUGCAAAGCAGCGUUACUGCACUCCGCGGAAGCCCGAACCAUGGAAAACGCUCAUAUCAGAGAGAUAGCUGAGAGCAGUUACGGUGUUCUUUUCAUGGGUACACCUCACCAAGGCUCAUCUCAGGCGGGAUGGGGUAGCAUGUUAGCCUCGCUCCUCGGCUACAUGAAACAGGACAAUGCCGAUAUCGUCCGGGGUUUGGAAAAGGAAGCGCCCGAGCUUGCGGAACUGCAGCGACGAUUCUACAAUCUGCUUGCAAGCCGCAUUGAGGAACGCCGUCCGCUCAACAUCAGCUGCUGCUUCGAAGAGCUGCCGGUACCAGUGCUGGGUAUGAUAGUGCCGUCCUCGUCCGCAGAAAUGGACGGUUACAAGGCCAUCCCGAUCCACGCAAACCACAUGGACAUGACGAAGUUCGGAAGUGAUGACAGUCUUGGAUACAUCAGGGUACUUGGAGAGCUGCGGAGAUGGAUUGAAGCUGCCACAUCGAAGCGCGAUGCAGAUGCUGAAGAAGUGAGUCCAAUCCUGGUCAGUGAAUUCCUGGCUAAUCUUGUUAUUGUAACAGAAGAGCGAAAAGGAGUCAAGUCCGACGCCAGUGGCCCGGAAUCGCUCAAUUACCCAUCAUGGAGAUGUUUACGGUGGAGGAACUGCUCUGUACGGUAG